AUGGAGCAGCUCGCCCAGUUCGUCUCCAAGAGCUUCGACAACGCGGCCGGCGAACACGCGGGUUGCAGAACGACCAACGAAAGACCGCCGUCCGCGAGAAUCACCCUAAGUGUCGCGCAUCUGCUCGGUGAUCCUGCGGAGAACGACUGCAAUGCCGGCUCCGCGCCUCGCGAAACCGCUCAGGAGCCGUCUAGCGUCGACGCGAGCAGCGUGGACGAGCCGCCGUCGCCGGAAGCUCGUCUGCAACCGGAAGAUCUCUCCGUCACGACCAAGAGCAAAGAAGUGAAGGACGUCGCAAACACCGCGGACAGUCUUCCACCUUUGAAAACGCCGGAGUUGAAGCUGUCGGUGAGAAAACUUCUAGGAUGCAGCCCGUCGCCCCCGCCAAUUUCGAGAGAACGAUCUCCGAGUCCGGAGAACUGUGUCGAUUUGAAGAAUCAGAGCUUGAACGACGGGAAAACCUCCGAUCUGAAGAUUCAGGCGCAGGUUUCGAGGUCUUUGAUGCAGGCACAAGAAGAGAGCACUAAAGGCUCGAAUUGCCGUAACAACGGAAACGGAAACGGUAAGCAACGAAGAUCACGAACAAACUUCACCUUGGAACAACUAGCCGAAUUGGAGAGGUUGUUCGACGAGACUCAUUAUCCUGACGCGUUCAUGAGAGAAGAACUGAGUCAGAGACUCGGGUUGAGCGAGGCGAGGGUUCAAGUUUGGUUCCAGAAUCGACGAGCCAAGUGUCGCAAGCACGAGAGCCAAUUGCAUAAAGGUGUGGCAGGUGGAAUGGUUCUAGCGCCGCGCAGUCCUCCAGCAAAUUUGGAACCCUGUCGAGUGGCGCCCUAUCUUCCGGCCCUGAGGUUGCACCCACCGAUGCAAGCCACCGGUGGCAACGUCACUGCUGCAGGAUCCGCCUUCGACCCAGCUGUCCUCCAUUACGCGGCAGCCGGAGGACUCUUCUGUCUUCCGCCACCUCCACCGCCGCCACCGACUUCCGGUCAUCCUCACCCUCAUCCCUUAAGCUUGGCAGCUUCACUGGCUGCAGCUGCUGCACGUUCCAAGAACAGCAGCAUCGCGGACCUCAGGCUGAAGGCCAGGCGACACCAGGAAGCACUUGGAUUGGACAGGCCAGCGUAA